GACGCGCGCCGUAUACACAUCCCAAACCCAACACACCGAUAAUUACGCGUCGGUUUAACCGGAUCUAGAGAUGUAUGCGCCAACCGGCUAAAACCGCACUGUGGUCACUUUCCGCGAGUUCCGGGUAAUCCCCGAGUGUCUCGACUUGUGCACACAAAUUAUCACUCCGGUGACAUUGGAGAAGUUGGUGUAUACCUAUUAUAAAUUCGUGCCAUUUGCAAUUCAAAUUUCGGAACUUUCGGGCCGGAGAUUGUUGUUAUUAAAAAUUCAAAUCGCAGAUGGCUUGGGUCACCCGUGUUGCGAUGACAGUGAAGUGAGUUGCAAAAAGGCGGAAACAUGGUCCAGGAGGGAUUUUUGAUUAAAAUCGCCAUCGUUUCGAUGUUCAUAUCAACAGGCUGGAGCCGUCCCAAGACGAAGGAUGACUCGGAUUCGCCUGAAACUGAGGCCGAAAUCGAACCCUUAAUUAUCGACAGAGGCCCGUAUUUUGACAAAACCGCCUCAAAAAACGUCACGGCUCUCGUCGGCAAGACCACCUAUCUCAACUGCCGAAUCAGAAACUUAGGGAACAGAACGGUGUCGUGGAUCCGCCACAGAGACCUCCAUCUCCUAACAGUGGGCAGAUCCACAUACACAUCGGACCAGAGAUUCACCAGCAUCCACAAUCCCAUGACGGAGGAAUGGACGCUUCAAGUGCGCUAUCCACAGCGUAGAGACAGUGGCAUUUACGAAUGCCAAGUUGGCACAACGCCACCAAUAGGAUUCUCCAUGUCACUGUCAGUUGUAGAGCCCAUUACAACCCUCCUCGGAGGUCCGGAAAUGUACAUCAACAAGGGCAGCACAAUGAAUCUGACCUGUAUAGUCAAGCACAGUCCGGAGCCGCCGCCCACGAUCUACUGGACGCACAACUCGGAGGAAAUCAAUUACGACUCGCCUCGAGGCGGAGUCAGCGUCAUCACCGAGAAGGGCGACAUCACUUUCAGCUACUUGCUGGUCCAGAGGGCCAAGGAUUCCGAUUCGGGGAAGUACACAUGCAACCCCUCGAACGCCAACCCCAAAACUGUCAUCGUUCACGUGCUCAACGGAGAACACCCAGCAGCAAUGCAGCACGGCGGCCAACUGCGCCUAGAAUAUCCAUUUUCUGCAUGUCUUCUCAGCGUUCUGGUGGCAGUGGCGGGGCCGUAAAAACUUUAAAACUCCCGGGAACAAAACUAACAAACCAGAAGAGAAAAAGUUAUCCUCGAACAUGUAUAAAUGUGUAAAUAGUGAAGAAACGGUGCAGUGAUGAAUUUCAAGCGGACGGUCCGUGACAGAAAUCCCAAAAUCGGGAAAAUGUCUUCGUAUUUACAGUAAUAAAGAGUGGGCUUGUUUGCCUAGUCACUAGCCAUCGGCGAAGGAAGUUGGAGUGGAGCGUUUGUUGUGAAAAGUUUGAACUCUCCUGAAUACAUUUAUAAUUCACCGGAGUUGCUUAUUUGCUCAUCCGUGUGUUUUUCGUGAAUCACUUAAAGUGCUUUAAAGCUCAAUAGUGUUGAUUGUGACGGUGCGGACCUAAGUGGGGUUCUCGAUAUUUUAGGGUACACGUUGUUGUAUAUAAACACAAUAAUCACAAACUCAUUAAGGAAAAAGUAUUAAAAAACGGUUUAUUACGAUCCAAAUACAAUAAAGUAAUUAUACGAGUUUUUUUCAACGUCCUUGGUAGUCAUAAUGAUGCAACUGUAUAUACAAUUAGGGCCAUAUCUAUUACCACUUAUUGAACAUUGUACAUUUAUAUGAGACUUUAAGGAUAUUGUUAUUUUUUUAAAUGAAAUCUAUUCAUUGUAGCGUCACAGAUUGUUCUCGUUUAGUGUGUUUCACAGAUCUGUUGGGUUCUAACUGGCCGUUAUGUUUAUCCAUUUUUAACGGUUGUCAUUGAUGAAAUUUGAUGUUUCUUAAGAAUGUUGUUAAAAUGUAAUAAAACAUCUCAAUAAAAUCUAUAUAAAAAUU